AUCUGGCAACACAUCGGAGAAUAUUGCGCACACUUGUCUCUCAAACACGCUUCGAACAUUCAAUGAGUUUCUGCUUGAAUCACACAUUUUCUCUGUGAUUGUGAGACUCUGGCGGCGGGAGGAGAUGCGGCGGCUCGGCUCGGUGCAGCACAAGGUUCCGUGUAUUUUUACCACGGAGGUUUGGGAAGAACCGUCUCGAAAACGCGACUGUCAGCCGUAUCAGGUCGUUGCCACGGAGACCCUGAAUCCUGUUGCCAUUGACGCGGAUGUGGAAUCUGCAAUUGCCACAGAGAAAGUGGAUGGUACCUGCUGCUACGUCUCCAUGUUCAGAGGUGAGCCGUACCUUUGGGCUCGACUGGACCGAAAGCCAAACAAACAGGCGGAGAAGCGAUUUAAGAGACACCUGCACCUGCACCGCACUGGCAAAGGUUUCUUGUGGAAUGUGGAAGAGGACUUUAAAUCUGUCCCUGAGGCUUGGAUCCCGGCUCAUGGGGUAAAACAUGUGAACGAUCAGCCUGUGCCAGAUGAGAACGGACACAUCCCAGGCUGGGUUCCCGUGGACAGAGACAGUAAACAGUACUGCUGGCACUCCUCUGUGGUGGACUAUGAGCUCGGAGCCGCUCUGGUCCUCAGACCCACAUCCCAUAACAACAACCACAACAACUGCAACGGCCACUUUGACCAGCAGGAGGGGCAGCAGAGGGGGGCACUGGAGAUAACUGUUGUUCCUUUAAAUGAACUGAUGGAGCAGACUCUAGAGCUGAUUGGGACCAACGUCAACGGGAAUCCAUACGGCUUGGGCUGUAAGAAGCGCCCGGUGCACUGCCUGGUGUCUCACGGCUCUCUGCCCCUCGCCAACCCUCCACCGCUGGACUUCAACAAACUCCGGUCCUGGUUCCAGAGGCCGGAGGGGCGAGUUGAGGGGAUCGUCUGGCAUUGCAGCAACGGAACUCUGCUCAAGCUGCACCGGCAUCAUGUGGGGCUACCGUGGCCUGACGGGGACACUCUCCUCUCCUCUCGCUCUAUGGUGGUUCAUGUCAACGCCGCGGUGAACAAGUACAACGACUUUAAAGAUUUAUUCACGUCUUUCUCCAAACUCAACGGGCACAAGUUUGACAGACUCCAGGACCUGGUGUUUGAGAGUUAGACAAAACAGGACGAGUGUGGACCAAAAGAUUUACCUCAAAUGAAUAAAACAUUUCCAUUUUGUUUUUUGGGGCUGUAGUUGACGAAAGACACAUUCUGCCCGUUUUUUUUACUAAAAACAGGGCGUGGCAAAACGAUUACAUAUCUCUGUGUAUCUGACCCAAACUGCACUCACAAGACUACACCUGCAGGGGGAGUUCAUACAAAAACUACUAUUCAUGCAGAAAAAAGUGCUAGAAAACAAUGUAUUUGUAUAAAGACAAAUACAAAAUAAUACUAAAUCUUCAGCUAACUCCCGCCCUCACCUCCUUUCUGCUGUUGUCCCAUAGAAAUACUUAUGAUCUAAUUAAAAUGAUUAGACAAAUUUUGCUCUAUUAAAACGCCAUUGAUUAAACUAAAUCACUAAAGCCCUAGUUUUGUUCUAAAUGUGAUUGAAAUGUGCAAAGACUUUGAAGCACAUUUGUAACAACAUUAAUCUUAUAUUUUCAAGUCAAACACCUAAACUCCACCCACAACCACAUUUCAAAUAGAGCUGCUUCACGGGGCAGUACCUGGAGGACUAAACGGGAGAGUGAGGGGUGGAGGAGGGACGGGGUCUGCAGGUAUAAGGAACAGUGUGUGACCUAUUUUGCACUAAAGUCCCCAAAAAAUGACUAGGAACAGUAGAUAAUGCUGUUACAACACCACAUAAACAGUGUAGUAGCAAAUGAGUGGAUUUAUUUAUUUUUAGCUCCGCUUUAAAAUCCUGAAUGGUCGUAUUUUUAGUAGUACAGAAUGCAUUUGUUUACAUUCUCUGUAAUUUGAAGUUGACAAAAUAGUGAAAGUUGCCAUUUCAUUUUCAUUUGCUUUGAGAUAAUUUUGACUUUUCUACGGGCCCGUCACAAGAACACAGUUUGAAGAUUGAUACAUCGCUGCAGAGGAAUAUCAUGAUGCACAAUUAUAUUAAAACUACUUUAUGCCACUGAUAAAAGAAGAAGAAGAAUCCCAGUGAACCCUUUUUUUUUUUUUUUAAUAAACUGUCAAAGGCCUGAGUUGCAACAAAAUGAGCAGAGUGAACCAACAAUUAGCCACAAAAGUCACUUAUUCAACCCUCUACAGCUCAAAUCUUAUUGUGCUACAGCUAAAAUAACAAAAAUCUCCCCAUUAUUGCAAAGAAAAUGUGCACAAGAUGAGAAUUUAGCCCAAAAAUAUGUUGUUCCAGCUUUCAUAUACUGAACAAUACGUUGAUCUAGUUCUCGUGAUGGGCCCCCUUAGUGCUGUCCUAACAUUCAAGUGGUUGGACUGUUUUUUUAAAUGUUCUGGUUUAAAUUUUGUAAAAUCAUACAAAUAAAAUUAAUGUUUACAAAGCUGUCUUGUUAUGUUUAUAGAACAAUUUGCUGUAAAUACUCGUUAAACACAAUUAUGAAAUAAAGACUGAAUCUAACUUG